UCGCGGCCGAAGCUCUCUCGCUCGAGCGCUAAAAAUAUUUCCCGAUUUUCUCCUUCUCGUUGCUGUCACUUUUACUUUCGAAACAGCUGUUGAUCGGGAUAGCCGAUCAGUCCCGUCGCGCGGAUCGAUCUCCUCUCGCGAUAUCGAUAAGCCCGUUUUGGCGGAAUAUCACGUCUGAUCUUUAUCAGCGUCGGUACUGUUUGUGUUAUAACACGCGAUGUGUCAUAACAUAACACGUCCUCUGCAACUGUCAGUAACGAAUGAGACGAGGACGCUUAUACAUACGCGGGUAAUCGCUCGGCGGGAGGAAACGUGUAAACGUAAAUAAAUUUUGUUUAAUCGAGGGUAUUUCGAUUGUUACCUACGGUAUCGACGGAUAUGGAAUCGUUUUUACAACUUUUUAACUCGCAAGAUGACAACAAUAUGAGGACAAGGAAAAGACAAUGGAAUGAUUUGGAAAAUGAGGGAAAUGGCUUAUCGGACUGUGAGACCUCCAGUGUCGAGGAAGAUCAGGAGAUCUCUUUGCCACCAGAGCCUGAACAGGGAAACAUAGAGUACAAAUUAAAAUUGAUAAAUCCGUCUAGUCAACGUUUCGAACAUCUUGUUACACAGAUGAAAUGGAGGCUAAAAGAGGGACAAGGAGUGGCAAUUUAUCAAAUUGGAGUAGAGGAUAAUGGAAGAUUGGCAGGUCUGUCAAAAGAGGAAAUGAAGGCAUCUUUAAAGACGCUGAAGGAUAUGGCCUCCAGACUGGGCGCUACCAUAAGGGUAUUACGCGAGCGAGUAGCCGCAAGUUCCACAAGUAAGACCAUGGUGUCGCAAAGCAAUACUAAUAAUAAUAACAAUAAUAAAGAGGAAAAAAAAGUUGCUGAAGUACUGGUAAAAAAAUUACGAAAGGACGACAGAGAGGAUCAGGAUAGUAUCAUAGAUUUGAGGCUGGCGGUUACCGGUGCGCAGGAUGCUGGAAAGUCGACUCUCUUAGGUGUGCUGACUCAGGGUGAACUAGACAACGGUAGAGGUAGAGCGAGACUUAACAUGUUGCGUCACCUGCACGAGAUAAAGACGGGUCGCACGUCCUCGAUAUCACAUGAGAUCAUCGGGUUCGAUAGCGCUGGUCAUGUGUUGAAUUAUGCCGAAAUGGCCACGGCCGAAGAGAUAUGCGAACACGCCUCGAAAGUCGUCACUUUCAUCGACUUAGCUGGACAUCGGAAAUAUAUGCGGACUACGGUUCUUGGACUGACAGGAUAUUCACCACAUCAUGUCAUGCUGGUGAUAGCACCACCUCUGAACGAGGCGUCGCAAGAACAUAUGGCUCUCUGUUUAGCUUUAAAGCUUCCUUUCUUUAUCGUUCUGAAUAAAAUCGAUUUAGGAUUCUGCGACACGUCCGAGACACUGGUUCAACUUGAGAAUGUCAUGAGGGCACAGGGUUAUCCCAAGCAAUUAGUACCAUUUAGUAAUAAUGAGAUACCGUGGGACUACACAUCUGACGUGAUACCAGUAUUUAAUGUUAGUUGCGUUACUGGCGAGGGUCUCGAGGAGCUGACUACUUUUAUUAAAAAUUUGGCUCCUUACGAGACCAUCUCGAUAGACUCAGACCCGGAAUCCUGUCUAUUUCAAAUCGAUGAAACCUUUAGGGUAGCUGGUUUGACGCAACCAGUUUUAGGAGGAUUACUCGUUAAAGGAGCGAUAGCACCGGGAAAACGUUUGCUAGUAGGGCCCUUGCCAGACGGAGAAUUUAGCCCGGUCAAAGUGGUUAGUCUACAUCGCAAUAAGGCUCCGUGCUGUUUAGUCAGAGCGUCGCAGAGCGCUAGUCUGACAUUGGCACCGCCGACAAAUCGUAGCCCUCCUUUGCCGCCUCUUCGACCUGGAAUGGUUCUAGUUUCUCCGUGCGAUCAACCACAUGCUACACUUUUCUUUCAGGCGACGGUGCUAAUAGUGUAUCAUGCGACAGCGAUAUUUUCGGGCUUUCAAACGACAGUGCAUGUGGGUAACGUGAGACAAACUUGCGUCAUCGAGGGUAUAAUGGAUAUGACUGAGCGGGGCUUGCAGACAAAUGACACCGCCUCCGUGUUGUUUAGGUUCGUCAGCCACCCAGAGUAUCUCCAUGUUGGAAUGCGUUUGUUGUUCAGGGAGGGACGUACUAAGGGGAUCGGUAAAAUAACGCAAAUCUUUCCGCUGAUCGGAUCGCGGAAUUCGAUGAAAUGAGAGAAAUUAGCACAAUGUAAUAUACUAUCUGACAUAACGUUUUCUAUAGUAUUUAUGUACACGUAACGCGAAAGAAAAAAAGAGGAAAGAAAUACCAUAAAUGUUUUAUAAAAGUAGGGUCGUACCGCUACUGACGUUAUUAUUAGCGCAAUUAAACGGUUGGAUUUCAUCGUCAAGCUGCUCGAAAUAACGAGAAUUGUUAUUGGUAUGUUUAUUCUGUAUAUUUUUCUUCAAUAUGGAGUCGUCCACCUCGACGUCGAGAUUCUGGGCGGAGUUCUAGGAUAGAUUUCCUAGUAUAUCUUCCUUAUGCGAUAACAUAAUCUACACUAGGUAGUAAAAAUGUGCAAACGAAGCAGCAGGAAAGCUCACAGAUAAUUUUAGACUUCUGUCGCCUUCAGAAAGGCAAGUAGAAAAUACAUCGCACUCGGUUCGUUAAAUAUCGGCACCGAGGUGUAUAUUUUUUUUGCUUCGUAGAAUAUAAAGUUUUGUUGAUUGAUCGAAACCUAGGAUUUCGUUUCUGGGUUUUGUUUCUGCAACACGAGUUUGUACGUGUUACAACGAUAUUUUGGUAGACGCGUUAAAGGCAAUGAGCUUUGAUUUAUAACUAAGAUUUGGCUCGAUCUGUACGAUUGUUCAAAAAUAUGACCUCGUUUCUGUGUCGAGUAGUGUGUUAACAUUGUCGAAAGAGAAUUUAUUUUCAUGUGUCACAGAUAUGCUUAGAGAUUUUAUUAGGAUAUCUCUAAAAACAGGACAAUAGGUUUUUGAGUUAGUAUAUAAUUUAAUGGAUAAUUUAUAUUUUUGAAUUUAUGUAUAGAGUGCAAUAUAUUAGAAAUUCUUUCUAUUUCGAAAACAAAGUGACCUCGUAUGUAGAAAAAUAAUUAUCUGCAGAAUUAUUUUUUUUUUUUUUACUGGCGUAUUAUAUGCAAAAGUGUUAUGCGUACUUAAAGAUUUCUCUUAUAUUGUGUGAGUUAUUUAAUUUCCGAAUAUUGGCUUUUGUGAGAUUCACAUGAGAAGGUAUCAGUUAUAAAUUAUUUUACUUCUCAUAUUUGUUGAGAUCGGAAACGUCGUUUCCCUUACUUCGGUUACGCUAUUUUCUUAUUUAAUGAUGAUACGCUAUCGGACAUACAACUUGUAAAGCACAACUUGUUUUAUUUUAUAUUCCCUGUACAGUUCUAUGUGUAAUAUCUUUUGUAAGAUUACAUUCGCAAAGAUUCCAAUCUCAGUAACGAAGUUACCCGUUACAUGUACAUUUAGAAAUUUCGAGAGAAUGAAGAAAAAGAAUGUGAAAGGGAAAAAAGCGAAUGUGAGGAUAAUCUUCGUUCUGUAUGCUAAUUACUGCUUGAAAAUAAAAUUCGAUAAUACUUUAAUGAUGCGUAUUUGCUUGUUCACUAUGUACAAAGGAAAGUGUCGAUGUGUAUAUUCUUGAAUAAAAAUAGGCAAUCGUCCCUGAUGAUGAAAGAUA